AUACUGAAGUGAGACGAAGGAAGGAGAAAGAGAGACAAGAACAGAGAGAGGAGAGAGGGCGACAGGGCCGAGUGGGCACUGAGGCCCUGGCCAGGGUGAGCUUCUGGUAUGGUUUCGGCGUGGGUUUUCCAAGGCUGGCAUUCCCGCUCCUGGGGUCAGGAGUGGAGGAAGCCAAGUUACUCCGCGGUGAACGCGCAGAGCAGAGAAAUAUGUAAAUCAGGGCUCCUUGCGCCCCGAGAGUGGCGCAAUUAAGCCCCUUGAACAAGAAGCAACAAGCUCCCGGUGGGCAAGCUGCAGAGGGUGGCGGCGUCGCGGGGGAGGGAAAGGCUGCAGGAAGGGGUGUGGGGGGUGGGAACCUCACACCCUCACACCUAGUCCCCUGUGCCCCGGGCUGGGGCUCCCCCCUCCGCUCUCUGCUUCUUUCCCUUCCCCCUUCCUCCCCCUUCCUCCCCCUCCCUCCUCCUCCCCGCCGGCCUCGGUCCGCGUACUUAAAGCGGCGCGGGCGGGCGCGGGCGGGCGGCCCAGCCGGGCGGUGGCAGAUGCACCCAGCAGUGGCAGCCGCUGGCGGCGCACAGGUGACCGGCCUGCGGCGCAGCCUGUUCAGGGGGCGCCCGGGGAGAGCUGGCUGAAGAGGGAGGCCGAUCCGCCCCCAGCGCGCGCGUGUCUCGGCGCCAGGAGCCGUCCUGGGGCGUGUUGGAGAGCGCUGAUAUAGAUAUAAGGACAUUUCUCUCCAUGGCGUCACGUGACAUAAUUACCACCAGAAUCAAUCAAGAUGAAUUGCACGUCAGCGCCCGGUGGGGAUUUUUGCUUAGUUGAUCCUGGCCCAAGCCUCUUGUGCAAUCGAUGGCUCAGGUUGGCGGCGCGGGGAGCGGCCCGGGGCUCGCCGGCGCGCACGCCGCGGAGCCAUGAACGACUUUGACGAGUGCGGCCCGAGCGCAGCCAGCAUGUACCUGCCCGGCUGCGCCUACUAUGUGGCCCCGUCGGACUUCGCCAGCAAGCCGUCGUUCCUGUCGCAACCGUCGUCCUGCCAGAUGACUUUUCCCUACUCUUCCAAUCUGGCGCCGCACGUCCAACCCGUGCGCGAAGUGGCCUUCCGCGACUACGGCCUGGAGCGCGCCAAGUGGCCGUACCGCGGCGGCGGCGGCGGCGCGGGCCGCCGGCCGGACGUGCUCUUCAAGGCGCCCGAGCCAGUGUGCGCCGCGCCCGGGCCGCCGCACGGCCCCACGGGCGCCGCCUCCAACUUCUACAGCGCCGUGGGCCGCAACGGCAUCCUGCCGCAGGGCUUCGACCAGUUCUACGAGGCUGCACCCGGGCCCCCAUUCGCCGGGCCGCAGCCGCCUCCGCCGCCCGCGCCGCCGCAGCCCGAGGGCGCUGCCGACAAGAGUGACCCCAAGACGGGGGCCGGUGGUGGCGGGGGCAGUCCCUGCGCCAAGGCGACCCCGGGCUCAGAGCCCAAGGGGGCGGCAGAAGGCGGCGGCGGCGACAGCGAGGGGCCCCCGGGGGAGGCGGGGGCUGAGAAGAGCGGCGGCGCAGUGGCCCCCCAGCGGUCCCGGAAAAAGCGCUGUCCCUACACCAAGUACCAGAUCCGCGAACUGGAACGCGAGUUUUUCUUUAACGUGUACAUAAACAAAGAGAAAAGACUCCAACUCUCUCGGAUGCUCAACCUCACUGACCGGCAAGUCAAAAUCUGGUUCCAGAAUCGCAGGAUGAAAGAAAAGAAACUGAACAGAGACCGUCUGCAGUAUUUCACUGGAAACCCCUUAUUUUGAGAGCUCCAGAAAGCACCCCUCUCUCCCGACCCCCACUCACUCACCCUCCUCCCCACCAGCCUGCUCUCGGCAGGCCCAAUGUCUUUGGGUUUAAUGACGUCUCUUCUCUGUGGAACUCCACGAUUCCUUCCCACGGUCAACUCCGGACCUCCCAGCGACCACUGCCGCCUGCGGACGAGGCCAGGGACUUGGCCGAACGGAUCCUAAUAAGGGGAAAAUGGUAAAUGCAAACGUCCCUUUACAAUUUUACCGCCAAUGUGCUGUUGUUCUCCCUCCCUCUCUCUGGGUCCCGUGGGGACGCUGUGGGAUCUGUAGAGAGUUAGGCCGCCGGGCUGGAAGGCGCUUGUUUUUGUUCUGAGUUUAAGGGACCCUGUCUUUUCCCCUUGGUAAUUGCAGAUUAUUUAAACUCCGGGAAAUGUACCUUUGGUCUGUCUUAUCAAGGCAUGAGUCACUAUCUUUUGUGUGAAUAAAUGGUUUCUAGUAAAAUGGAGGUUACAGCUUCAA